UUUAUUAAGAAGAAAACCUGUUCUAAGGUUUUCGUUAUCACUGUAAUUUUUUUAGCCUUUCUUGCCUUUUAUUUUCUGCAUUCAAACCACAAGCCUCUACUGUAUGAAGAUUAUUUAACGCCGUUAUCGCAGUCUUACCUCAAACUACACCAUUGCAUGUUUGGAACAAAAAAAUGGAGAUUAUACUACCCUGAACUUAAGUUGAUUUUGGAGUCAAUUGAAUCAGGGAAAUUAAAAUGGCCGCUCCCACCUGUGAAUACUACUUCAGCUUACUACAGCCAUCUAGUGGUCAACAAAAAGCAAAAUUAUGUCGUUGGAGAUAAAUUAGUGAUGACCAUAAUAGCUAAAGAUGGAAAUGGGAAAAGGAAAACUCAUGGGGGGGAUUAUUUCUUCGCAAGACUUAUACAUGCUGAAAGUCGCAACAAACCAUAUCAAGAUGGGAUCGCAUGCGAUAUAGAAGACCAUGGUGAUGGGACAUACAGUGUGUCUGCUCCUCUGCUAAUCCCCGGUACAUCCUCUCUCUUCAUUGAUCUUGUGCAUCCCAGUGAAGCAGUAGUUGCUCUUGUUUUAGAAGCAAGUGGAACAUCUGGUUCAGGAAUCUACUUUGUAGCAACUUAUCCUUCAUCGGAAGAAGUGGUGUGUAAUGUCAGUCUCUCACAAUCAAGCCCCAUCAAAGUUUGCAACUUCUCCCAACCAACCAAAGGUUUCUCCUGGUUUUGUGAUUACCCCAAGAAAUCAUCACAUUGCCCCAAAGUUUUAAACUACACCAAAGUUUCAUACAAAGAGUCAGAUGUCUUCUUGCUUGGAAAACAAAGUUACUUCAAGCAAAAUUCAAACUGGAAGAUUCCAAUUCAAGGCUCAGGGUUUUCUGUUGAUGUUUUAGAUUCAAGUUUUAUGAUUGAUUAUGUCAAGUCUCUCCCUGAAUGUUCUGUUCCUGUUGGUAUGUCACAGUUGGCUUAUGAUCGUAACCUUGGCAGACAUAGUGGUUUGUACCUCAAUGACAAAUGGCAGUCACUACAAUGUAAUAAUAAGAUUACAAUGUACAAACAAUGGACAUGCUUGCGCAACAAAGCGCUUUAUUUAAUUGGUGAUUCAACAAUGAGACAAUGGUAUGAACAAUUUGAAACAAUUUUAAACUUGAACACAUCAACCAAGUUACUAGACCAUCCAGAAAUUUGGCAAAAAUCCCGCAACGGUACAAAUGCAGAACACAACAUAACAGUAUACUACAGAUCCCAUGGCUUGCCCCUGCAUAACCCAGGACCUGCAGAAUCUCACCCUUUUAUUGUGGAUACUUUGAACAAUAUCCCUGCUACAAGUGAACCAAGCACUAUCAUUGUAAUCAACUUUGCUCUGCAUUUUUGCCUCAUAGACCCAAAGUUUUAUCUUUAUCGAGUACAAGCCGUAAAAAGGUCAGUAAUUUCUUUAAUGGAACGAUCACCAGGUGUUAAAGUUUUUAUUCGCGGCUGCAUUCGACACCGAAACACUCGUAAAGUUGUCCCAACUGAAUGGUAUAGUUUCAGACUUUGUAAAAUACUAAGGGCCGAGUUUGCAGAAGUUCCCGGAGUUGGUUUCAUUGACACUUGGCAGAUGACGACUGUGCGAACCAAUCAUAUCAACAUUCAUCCAGAUGUAGAAAUUGUGGCCGACCAAAUAAAUUUGUUUCUAUCUUACGUUUGCUAGAUAAUAUAAUAGUCAGUUACUUUUGUUAUUGGACUAGGCCUAUAGAAAUAUAAAAUUAAUCGUGCAUUUUUUUAUUAGAAAAAAUCUUGUUUUCUAUAAAAUUAACUUAAUGUUAAUUUCAAGGUGUACAACAUAUUUAAACGUACAGGCAUAUUUAAGUGUACCAGCAUAUUAAUUUUUUUUUCUUGUUACUGGUUAGUUGUUUUACUUAUACGUACUUAGUUAUUCCAAUCUUGAUUCAGGCCUCAGUUUUCAACAUAAGCAAUAUUGCAUUAUAAAAUGAAAUUAUUGUAUAAUUAUAAAUAAUAUCAUUUGUUUACAAUUUUACAGGGGUUGCCAUGCUUAAAUAGAUUCA